AUGCCGUCCACCAGCAAAACCCUUUACUUCCUGUCCAGCGCGCUGGUCACCUGCAUAUCAGUGGGCAUCUUGGGCUUUGCCAUGUCAACGUCAUGGGCCACCAAAACCAUGGCCUGCGACCGAGGCGAGAGCGGCCAUUUCAACGGUUCGGCCGCCGUCACUUUGGAGCUCUUCAACGGCAGGCUGGAACGAACCUUUUGUCCUCUUUUCGGCCCGCCCGUCAACUUCCAAGUGUUCCCCAAAUUGGCGGAGACCAAAGGCAUCCCAGUAGUGUUGCACGGAGUAUCAGUGUGCCUGCUGGUGUUGUGUCUCCUCUGCUCGGCUUUCAGCAUACUCAUCUCGCUUUACAACAGCGUUAGUAACCCCUAUGAGACCUACAUGGGACCCAUUGGCAUCUACGUCACUAGCGCCAUCGGUGCGUGUUUGUCCGUAUUGGUGCUCAUCAUAUUCGUGAGCAACAUCACCUUGACCACGGUGGCCGAGGACCUGGUAAGGAGCUUCGCGGAGAUCUCUGUGGAUCUGAGGAUUGAGUCCUUCCAGAUGCAGCUGGGUUACUACCUGCUGAUUCCAUACGCGGUGUUGUCGCUUCUCGCCAUCGGACUCAUCUACAUGUACGACCACGCCGCAUACACGCAUCGGCGCGAACAGCAGCGGCCCACAGAAGACGCCCCCAAGGAGAUCAUGAUGUACUAA